CGACAGAUGACGUCCGGGCCAGCCUUGGAUACGUUCACCCACCACGAGCCCACCCCACAGCGGCCCCGCCCUCCCUGUUUGGAAAAACUUCGAUCCUGGAUUCGUACAAGACUCGACUCCUCCAAACUUUAUCUUGUCGACACGCUGGAGAUUUCCAACACUGAGUAGCGCUAGAGGGAUGAAUGCCCGGAGCCAGCUCCUCCAGUCGGCUUAGUCGGCUCGCCUAUCUGAUGGUACCUGGCACGCAUCAACACCACUUACAACAAGCCAAGAAUGGCCUCCUACUGUGUGAUAUAUCAAUCCUGCCACUCUUGUACGUUGGGCACCUCCUCCUGUCAAAGCUAAUUUUCAGCUCCUGCAAAUCCAUCACGAGCCCCAUGACACAGCCAUUCUUCGUCGAGCGGUCGUCCUUCUGGCGUCGCCUUGGCACCCACCAUUUCCCCAUGGCCUCAUGUCCAUCUCGCCCAUGCUGCCCAUUUCCAAGGUGUGCAUCUCCCCCCAUAAUGGGUUCCGUCGCCGAGUGGCGCUCGCCGGAGCGCCUGACUGAACUUGUUGAUCACAUUAUCGUCAUUGACCUCUCUAACCGCGACAUUCGACUUGGUGGGAGUGCAAUGCUCACCAGCUUUUACUAAUAGUAAUAUCUAAACGGCAUGGAAAGUGGCCCUCAUGGACUUUUCUGCCCUCAGUCUGUGUAGCUCUCUGUGUCAGAUACUCAGGUCCCGUCUCUUUCCUUCAACCCUUUGACAUCUUCACCUCCCUUUUCCUUUUCUUCCCUCGUCACUCAGAG